AAUUUAAUCUAACCUCACUUAUUAUUAUGACAAUUUGAAUCCUGCAACAAUGUCUUAUAUUUAAGUCUAAUUUCUUAUCAUUAUGUUUUUCGCAAAGACACGACAUAUCUCGAAACAGUGUUUACUGUUAGCAAAAUCUAGUGACGGUCUAACGUUAUGUAAGUGUUUGUCAACAAGCAGUUUCCUGGGGAAGCUGCGAAAUGAGAGCAGUCCUAUGAAUAUCUUUGAUAGAAGAACUAAAACCCUUCAGCGUGAGCGUGCAGCGACUGCCAGUGAUGUUAACGUGUAUGACUAUCUCAAAGAUGAAAUUGGUUAUCGAUUGGCUGAUAGAGUUUAUGACAUCAAAAGAAAAUUUAACUUAGCUGCAGACAUAGGUUGCAGCAGAGGAUAUGUUUCGAAGCACAUAUCACCAGAGUCAGUAAACGAACUUAUUUUAUGUGAUAUCAGCCAAAGAAAUCUAGACACUGCACCAGUUAUGGAUGGUAUUAAAGUCAGGAAACAAAUUUUGGAUGAAGAAAAUAUAAAGUUUGAACCAAACUCGUUGGACCUUGCAAUAUCAUGUUUGAGUUUGCAUUGGGUAAAUGAUCUCCCUAACGCCUUCAAAAGGAUUUUGAACUGUUUAAAAGAAGAUGGAGUAUUACUAGCUGCAGUAUUUGGUGGUGACACUUUGUAUGAGUUGAGAUCUUCCCUUCAAUUGGCUGAGUUAGAGAGAAGGGGUGGUUUGUCACCACACAUUUCUCCAUUUACUGAAGUUCGCGAUAUUGGAAACUUAUUAACUAGAGCUGGUUUUACCAUGUUAACAAUUGAUACUGAUGAAAUUGUUGUCAACUAUCCAUCAAUGUUUGAACUCAUGUGGGAUUUAAAAGGAAUGGCAGAGAGUAAUGCAGCUCUGAACCGAUCAUUGCAUUUACACCGCGAGACACAAUUUGCAGCUGCAGCUAUUUAUCAACAACUUUAUGGGAAACAAGACCCUGAGACUGGUAAAAAAUCAGUUCCUGCCACAUUUCAGAUAAUUAACAUGUUGGGGUGGAAACCACAUCCCACACAACCCAAACCAUUGGAACGUGGAACUGGCGAAGUAUCAUUGAAAGAUUUGUAUCGACUGGAUGAAAUUGUUAAAGAAGUUAAGAAAGUUAAAGAUGAUAAAGAGAAAUAGUUAUGUUUGUCCUGUUUAUAUAGUUUUUUAUUACUGAAUAUCUGAAGUUUUUGCUAAAUAUAUGUUUAUUCAUAUAA